AGGCCGGCAGAGGAGCCUCCACUUCCUGGAACCGCCGGCCGGGGCCGCUGGCUGCAGUCAGUGGCGGAUCCCGGAGCCCGCGGCUGCCGCCAUGUCCCACCAGACCGGCAUCCAAGCUAGUGAAGAUGUUAAAGAUAUCUUUGCCAGAGCAAGAAAUGGAAAAUACAGACUUCUGAAAAUAUCUAUUGAAAAUGAGCAACUUGUGAUUGGGUCAUGUAGUCAACCUUCAGAUUCCUGGGAUAAGGAUUAUGAUUCCUUUGUUCUACCCCUCCUGGAGGACAAACAACCAUGCUAUAUAUUAUUCAGAUUAGAUUCCCAGAAUGCCCAGGGAUAUGAAUGGAUAUUCAUUGCAUGGUCUCCAGAUCAUUCUCAUGUUCGUCAGAAAAUGUUGUAUGCAGCAACAAGAGCAACUCUAAAGAAGGAGUUUGGAGGUGGCCACAUUAAAGAUGAAGUAUUUGGAACAGUAAAGGAAGAUGUAUCAUUACAUGGAUAUAAAAAAUAUUUGCUAUCACAAUCUUCCCCUGCCCCGUUGACUGCAGCAGAGGAAGAAUUACGACAAAUUAAAAUUAAUGAGGUACAAACUGAUGUGAGUGUGGACACUAAGCAUCAAACACUACAAGGGGUAGCAUUUCCUAUUUCUCAGGAAGCUUUUCAGGCUUUGGAAAAAUUGAAUAACAGACAGCUCAACUAUGUGCAGUUGGAAAUAGAUAUAAAAAAUGAAAUUAUAAUUUUGGCCAACACAACAAAUACAGAACUAAAAGAUUUGCCAAAGAGGAUUCCCAGAGAUUCAGCACGUUAUCACUUCUUUCUGUAUAAACAUUCCCAUGAAGGAGACUAUUUGGAGUCCAUAGUUUUUAUUUAUUCAAUGCCUGGAUAUACAUGCAGUAUAAGAGAACGGAUGUUGUAUUCUAGCUGCAAGAGCCCUCUGCUAGAAAUUGUAGAACGACAACUACAAAUGGAUGUAAUUAGAAAGAUUGAGAUAGAUAAUGGGGAUGAAUUGACUGCAGACUUCCUUUAUGAAGAAGUACACCCCAAGCAACAUGCUCAUAAGCAAAGUUUUGCGAAACCAAAAGGUCCUGCAGGAAAAAGAGGAAUUCGAAGACUAAUUCGCGGUCCAGCUGAAACUGAAGCAACUACUGAUUGAAAUCAUUAUAUUAAACAUUACUAGUUUUAUAAAAGUCUAGCUUUUAGUACAGGAUACCUGAAAUCAUUCCACGUUGAUAUAAAGUAGGGAAAAAUUGUAAUUUUUAAAAAAUAGCACUUUUCACUUCUGUGUUUUUAAAAUUAAUGUUAUAGAAGAUUCAAUGAUUUCUAUUUUUGAGUUAAAGCCAGAAAAUGGUUCAACAUAGUAGUAUUUAAUUUUGGCACACUUUUCAUAGAGUGAUGAUUCAACACUUUCACAUGAUUCAUGUAAUUCUUAAACGAGAAAUACCUUAAAAUAUUCAUACUAUUUAGUGAAUAUGUUAAGGACCAGAUUAGAUUAUUUUCUAAGCUCAGAAUUUCCUGUGCCUAGGAAAAGGUGGAAAGUUGCUUAUUCUGAGGAGCAGUGCUAACUUUCAGAUUGUGGGAUCAUGUCUGCAGUUUUUAAAAACAUAGUGCUCUAUUGCAGCUGUCUUUUCUAUUUGACAUUUUUUUAAAUGGCGUUGAAAUGUCAGAUCAGCUCACUCUGAAACCUUAAGGGUCCCAUAUAUUUUCUAUACUGCAGAUUUUCUGAUAUUGAAAGACAACGUUUAAACAGCCUUAGUAAAUUCUCUUUAUAGUGCAUUAAAAAUUUUCCAUAUCUAAAGUCACUUAAUUUUAAGUACCAUGAGACCAAAUAUUUAUGUUCAGAUAGAAAUUUAAUAUUUAAAGCAAACAAAACUAAAGCCAAAAAUGUUGAAAAAGUUUUAAAUAUCAAGAUUGACUUUUUCCUCUGAAACCAUAUAUUUAUAGGCACAAUGUGUUCUUUAUCACUUUAGAACAAAUAUUCAGAUUUAAUAGAAUCAUUUUAAGGUUUAAGUACUUAUCAUCCUAACAAAGAUUAUAAAUUUGGUUUAAGAAUUUUGUUUUAAUUCAAUUUAGAUCUUAUUUCAAAACACACAACUGUUUUUUUUAAUAUCAUUGCAUUUUCAGUUUUAACUCUAGAGACAUGUUGAGCCUCAUUUUUCUUUGAUACUUGAAAUAGAGGGAACUAAGACACUUCAUGUUUAAUCUGCUAAACCUGCUCCAAGAGCCAUAAUUUUGAAGAGUUGUUUUCUAAAUGAACUGAGGGAUCCAGGAUUUGGAAAUUCUUUAUCUAAACCUUAUGCUGCAUAAAAUGAAUAUCAGACAUGUACAUUUCAUAGUAUAAAAUAUGAAGCACUCAUUUCUAAACCUUAUUAUCUAAGGUUUAUGCACCUUUCUGACAUUCAAUGUGUGUUCAAGUAAAAAAGCGUAUUAGAAUAAUUAUGGGUUGACAGAUUUUUUUAAAAGUAGAAAUAACUACUUGUGUGGGGUUUUGUUUGUUUACAAAUAAUCAGACUAUAAUAUUUAAACAUGCAAAAUAAUCCACAGUAAUGUUGCACUUUUUUACUCAAGAUAAACACUUUAAGUUGUUCCAUGGGUACACUCAUUAGACGUGACAUAUGCACAAAUUAUUGCAUUGAGAAGCCUGAAGCUAUGUUGCAGACCAUAGCUGCAGCUGUUAUUUGCAGUCAGGAAGAAUGUUACCUGUCAUGAGGGUAUAAAAUAAUUCAGUAGUGAAUGUUCUGCACCAUCCAUGUGCAAUUACACUUUUAAAUUCCACUACACUACAAGAAGGUAAAUGGACAUUCCAGAAUAUAGAUGUGAUCAUACAGUCUUAAACUAAUUAUUAUUAAGCCAAUGAUUGCUGAAAAUCAGUGAUGCAUUUGUUAUAGAUUAUAACUGAUUGUUUACAGAAUGUUUUAGGUGGCAUCAUCUAAAUCUAGAUGGUGAAUAAAGUAUUCCAGAUAAAUUUAGAUAGCAGUAAAGAAUUACAUGCCUUCUGUGGACAUUUUAUAAGUGCAUUUUAUAUUACAAUAAAGAUUUUUCUCUUUGA